UCCCCUGUACCGCUUUCUUCCUCCCCGCUCCGCCUCGCCUCGUCUGCUUUCCGUCGCUUUUCCCCAGCGCGCACGGAGAUUGCAGUCGCGCCGUCCAACGCCGUUAGCCGCGCCGCCGCUGACUUUUCCCCUGCGCACGCGCGCAAUCCGUGCCCUGGAAGCUGGAACCCUAGCCCACUUCCCCUCGUCUGGUUAAUUGAAGCCCAAUCUAUCCGGCUAUCCCGAGCCCAUCCGUGCCUCUAUCCCACACCUCUCUCCCACCUAUAAAAACCCUAGCGGCCUCCGAUCCACGGGUUUCGCCCGCCGCCGCCGCCGCCAUGCCGUCCCACAAGACCUUCCGGAUCAAGAAGAAGCUGGCCAAGAAGCAGCGCCAGAACCGCCCCAUCCCCUACUGGAUCCGCAUGCGCACUGACAACACCAUCAGGUACAACGCGAAGCGCAGGCACUGGCGCCGCACCAAGCUCGGAUUCUGAGCGGGGGAAGAGAUGCCGGGCACCGAUGCUUGGGGAAACUGGGGCUUACGAGCCAGCCUCUGGACGCUUCCAAGUUUCCGCAUGCUAUGAAGCUCUUGUUUAGAUUUUGCUUGUGUUAAAUUUAUCUUAUCCGUUGUUCCUGUAGCACUGAGAAUGCCAUGUUUUGCUGAUGGUUGAAGAACAUCUUUUAUAAUUAUGCAGAAGCUAUCUUGAUCCGCAGUGCGGUAAUCAGUUGGUCCA